AUCACGAUUAAUAAAGUUCACUCACCAUCCUCUUGAACAAUUGACAACAUAUCAGACUACAACAAAUCCCAGAUUUCGUCUAUUACUGUUCUUCGGUUCUCCCUCUCCCAAAUAAUACUCAUAAUGCAAUGCACAAGAAAUUGUUUCACCAUCAACUAAACUAUAUAAAUAACCCAAAAAUACCCUCUUUUUUUGUCUAUCCUCAAACCCUUGUUGCUUUGGAGUUAUUCUCUUCGCAACUUCUCUUUUCUGGAGCUUUCACAACGAUUUAGGUGAAAAAGGUUGGUCAUUUAAAUGGUGUAAUCAUGGAUGUCAGAAAGUAUGCAACCGCUGAUUAUAUGUCUUCACUUCAUUUGAAGACAUCCAAUAUUUCAAAUAAGGUGCCAGAUAAUCAUCACUUUGAAGGGCGAGAGAGAGUUAAUGAAUGUGCUGUUUCUGCUGAUAAGGUUCCAGAAAAUAUAUACUUUGAAGGGCGAGAAAGAGUCGCCGGCCAUGCUGUUGCAGAUGCUGAUAUCGAUCUUAGGGAAGUUUAUUUCUUGAUGAUGCAUUUUCUGUCUGCUGGACCAUGCCAGAAAACUUAUAUACAAUUUUUGAAUGAACUUAUGGAGCAUCAGCUCUUGCCCAGAAGAUAUCAUGCUUGGUAUUCAAGAACUCAAUUUCAUAGCGGGGAUGAGAAUGACGAUGGUGUCUCACUCCCUCUGACCUAUGAGAAACUUCUGCACAGGUAUCCUCACAUUGCAAAGGAUCAUCUUGUUAGGCUAUUAAAGCAGCUGAUGCUAGGUUCCCCUUGUCUGUCACUUGGCACGCGCAAUGGUCCGAGUGCAGCUGAUGUUCCUACUUUGUUGGGGACUGGUUCCUUUUCUCUUCUGAAUUGUGAUAGAAAUGCAGAGAAGACACAAGUCAAGCUGCUACCUCGUUACUUGCGUUGGCCUCAUAUGCAGGUUGAUCAAGUCCAUGCAUUGCAUCUAAGGGCUAUUGGUGGUGGUUUUACACGGCACCAUCGUGCUUCAUCGAUACAUGCUGCUUGUUAUGCCAUUGCAAAACCAUCCACUAUGGUGCAAAAGAUGCAAAAUAUAAAGAGACUUAGAGGGCACCGGAGUGCUGUUUAUUGUGCCAUAUUUGAUCGAGCAGGCAGGUAUGUAAUCACUGGGUCUGACGAUCGUCUUGUAAAAAUCUGGUCAAUGGAAACUGCAUUUUGCCUGGCGAGCUGCCGUGGACAUGAGGGGGAUAUCACGGACUUAGCUGUAAGCUCAAACAAUGCUUUGGUGGCAUCUGCUUCAAAUGACUUUGUCAUUCGAGUGUGGCGCUUGCCAGAUGGGCUUCCAAUAUCAAUAUUGCAGGGCCAUAGUGGCACUGUUACUGCAAUAGCAUUUAGUCCCAGGACCACCUACCAACUUUUAUCCUCAUCAGAUGAUGGGACCUGUAGAAUGUGGGAUGCAAGGAAUUCACAAUUUAAGCCUCGAAUUUAUGUGCCAAAGCCUGCUGCUGCUGCAACAACUGGUACUGCUCAGCAGAAUCAUCAAAUAUUAUGCUGUGCAUAUAAUGCGAAUGGAACUGUUUUUGUGACUGGCAGCUCUGAUACUUUUGCGAGGGUUUGGGAUGCUCCCAAGUUCUCUGCUGAUGAACCAGAGCAACCAUUUAAUGAGCUUGAUUUGUUGGCAGGACAUGAGAAUGAUGUCAAUUAUGUGCAAUUUAGUGGUUGUGCUAUCAUUGCAAGAUCAGUCACUGUUGAUUCUCUGAAGGACGAUCAAUCAUUAAAGUUCAAAAAUUUGUGGUUCAGUCAUGAUAACAUAGUAACGUGUUCUCGAGAUGGAAGUGCAAUCAUUUGGGUGCCAAGGUUACGUAGGUCACAUGGAAAAGUUGGGCGUUGGACUAAGGCAUAUCAUCUCAAGGUGCCCCCUCCGCCAUUGCCGCCUCAACCACCCCGUGGGGGACCACGUCGAAGAAUCCUUCCAACUCCUCGUGGAGUAAAUAUGAUUGUGUGGAGUCUUGAUAAUCGUUUUGUGCUUGCUGCUAUCAUGGAUUGCAGAAUAUGUGUAUGGAAUGCUGCAGAUGGCAGCUUAGUGCAUUGUUUGACUGGUCACACUGAAUCUACAUAUGUUUUAGAUGUGCAUCCAUUCAAUCCUCGGAUAGCUAUGAGUGCCGGUUAUGAUGGAAAGACCAUUAUAUGGGAUAUAUGGGAAGGGAAUCCAGUUCGGAUAUUUGAAAUUGGACGUGGUAAAUUGGUUGAUGGAAAAUUUUCUUCGGAUGGGACAUCAAUUGUACUCUCGGAUGAUAUCGGCCAAAUAUACCUGUUAAACACCGGACAAGGGGAAUCUCACAAAGAUGCCAAAUAUGACCAGUUCUUCUUGGGAGAUUAUCGCCCUCUUAUCCGUGAUACUUUGGGAAAUGUUGUUGACCAGGAGUCACAGUUGAAUCCAUACCAAAGAAAUCUUCUGGACUCUCUCUGUGAUUCAAGUAUGAUCCCAUAUCCUGAACCCUAUCAAAGCAUGUAUCAGCGCCGGCGUCUUGGAGCACUGGGUGUGGAGUGGCGUCCAUCCAUGAUGAAGUUCGCUAGUGGCCCAGAUUUCAGCUUGGGUGAUGAUUUCCAAGUUUUUCCUUUACCAGAUCCAGAAGCGAUAAUUGAUAUUCUAGAACCUAUAGAUGCUACUUUGUGGGAACCAGAAAAUGAAGUUAUGAGUGAUGAUGCAGAUUCAGAGUAUGAUGUAGCAGAGGAAUGUUCUAGUGCCAAAGAGAAAGAAAGUAUCGGUACUAGCUCCUAUGGUGAUACAGACUCUGAUUCAGAAAACUUUGAAGUUAAACAUCGGCACAAAGAUGGCCUCCGCCGAUCCAAAAGGAAGAAUGAAAGAGUUGAAGCCGAGUUUACUGCAUCUGGUAGACGCAUAAGGAGGAAGAGAGUGGAAGAUUGCAAUGGAACUUCUUCUCAGAAAAAGAGGGGAAAGAAAUUGAGAAGUGGUCGUAAGGCUUCAAAGAAGAAUUCUUCUAUAGCUAAAUUAUCCAGACCUCAAAGAGCUGCAGCCAGGAAUGCACUGAGUGGGUUCGCUAGAGUCCCUGGGACAUCCUCACUUGGCGAAGAUGACGGUGAUGGUUCAGAAGAUGAUUCUUCAGACAGUGGAUCAUUGUCUCAAGAUUCUGAAAUUCGAGAUGAUGAGCCUGUUUGGGAUCUUCAGUACAAGCUGGAUCAAGGUGGAGAAAAAGCUCCCUUGGAUGAUUCUCCUACUGUGAUGAAUCCAUUUGAGAUGUCUGUACCUCAGGCACCUGUUGAAUCUAGAAAGAAAUUGGUGCUUAAAUUAUCUGUCCGUGAUACUAAGAAGUCCUUGCCUAAAAGUGAUGACCAAAAAGAGUUGGACGCAUCAUCUUCUUUACCUCAAACACAGGAAGAUGAGCAGGCUUGCGUAAAUGACGAGGACAUGGAUUUACAUCCUCCUGCUGCAUCUAACCGUAAACCAAAUCAAAGUGUAAACAGAGUCACUAUCAAGUGUAAAGGACGGCUAGACAAAUUUCCUAAUCACCCGAGUUCUUCUGCAAGUGUUGAUGAUGUCUACUCUCCUGAUAAGCUGAGUGCAGAUAGUGACAUCCCAAUGGAAGUCUCUUGUCGUGGAAGUCUUGUAAUAGGAUGUGAAGGAGAUGGUGGUGGCUAUUCUAUGGAAAAUGCUGUAGCUGUGAGUAAUAAUAACUCUCACGAGUUGAAAGAGAGUGCUCAGCCAGUUCCUACCAGGAUUAAGAUUAAAUCAAAUGGAAUCUGGAAGCAAGAGAAAACUUCUAAACUGAAAUUGGUUACUGGAAUUAAAAAGCUGGUUGCUACUGAAGGUCCUUCAGCACCGUACGCAGCUAGUUGUGGUAGUGGUGUCGAAGAUUUUAAUUCUAAUACAGGCUACUAUGAACACUGUACUGAUUUUCCUGAUGCUGAAACUGAUGUGGUACGCCGAACUAGGUCUAUGGAGAUAAAAGCAAGCACACGUGAAGUUGGCAAAGUAAAUCGUAAGGUGAAGCUGUGGAAGACUGACCAAUCUGCUGGGACAUCAAAGAUUCCUGAGAAUUCGUCGAGAGACUGCAUGCUGAAUUCAAGCGUAAAUAUGAGGUCUAGGUCUACUAGAAGCAGGCAAGACAACUUCUACGAAGAGGACUAUGGUCUUCCAAGUGCAAGUCAAUCUAGUGUUUUUGGAAAAAUAUCAUGGCUGAUGUUGUGUGAGCAUGAACCUGGUUACCGUUAUAUUCCUCAGCUUGGGGAUGAAGUAGUGUACUUGAGACAGGGUCAUCAAGAAUAUAUAGAAAAAUAUGCCCCAUAUGAAAGGGGUCCUUGGAUAUCAACGAAGGGACGGAUAAAUGAUGUUGAGACCUGCCUGGUUGAAGGCCUUGAUUAUGCCCCUGUUCCUGGAUCUGGAGAGAGCUGUUGUAAGCUCACACUUAAGUUCAUAGAUGAUUCUUCAAGUGUGUUUGGUAGAUCAUUUAAAUUGACUCUUCCAGAGCUGCUACAAGCCCCUGAUUUUUUGGUAGAGAAAACAUGGUAUGAUUUUGCUGUCAGUAGAAAUUGGACUCCUGGGAAUACAUGCUCAGUGUGGUGGAGGCAUGAGGAAGGAGAAGGCGGCAGCUGGUGGGAAGGUCGGAUAGUUUCUGCAAAACCAAAAUCUAGUGAUUUUCCUGACAGUCCAUGGGAAAGAUAUGCUGUUCAGUACCAGGGAGAUCCAGAUCCUGAACUACAGAGUCCAUGGGAAUUGCACGAUCCUGAAGUUCGGUGGGACCCUCCGCAUAUUGAUUUUGAAACCAGAAACAAAUUGCUUGAUAAUCUUUCUAAAUUAGAGAGGAAGAAACAGGAAUAUGGUAUCGUCAAUUUGGAGCAGGUUUCUCAAAAGCCAGAUUUCUUAAAUCGGUUUCCCGUCCCUUUGUCACCGAAUGUGGUUCGAUCAAGGCUGACAAAUAACUAUUAUCGGAAUGUAGAAGCAGUAAAACAUGAUAUCAAUGUGAUGGUGUCGAAUGCUCUGUCAUAUUUUUCGAAAAAUACCGAGCAUUUCAGAAAGAUGAAAAAAAUGGCCGAAUCCUUUGAAAGAACAUUAUCAAAAUUGUGAACAACAGUGUUCCCCAUAUUUCGACUUAGGUUUCGACACCACACCCCAUUUUUAUCAGUUUCUCCAGAUUUUUUUGCCUAGGUAAGGGGUUUCAGAAAUCUUGUAUGCAUCAUCCAUGGCAACUACACCUCACUCGUUAGUCGUUACUUAUUUACUUGAUCCUCUCUUUAGUGUAUGAGGAUCAUCUUUAACUAACAGAGUUUUAAGUUGCUCUCUGAUAUGUAUGAAGCAUCUUGUUGUAUAACAUUUUCAUAUUGCAACAAAUGUUUAAUCUCCUUACUUGAUGCCUAAGGUAUCUUGAAUCAGAAGCAACUUCUCA